AUGAAAAAUCAUUAUAUCCCUGAUUCAUUUCAAAGAGCAUCCAAUAUUAGAGUCCCAUUAGCACCCACUGUUAAAUUCGAAAUAAAUCCAGGAAUUUUUCAAAUGCUCCCUAAUUUUCAUGGAUUGCCUUUAGAGGAACCUCAUCAGCACUUGGAAAAAUUUCAUAUGGUCUGUGAUUUAGUUAAUCUCCCUCAAGUUACACCGGAAAUUAUUAAGAUGAAAUUAUUCCCUCAUACACUUAGGGACAAAGCUAGUCAUUGGCUAUCCACAUUAGAUAGAGAAUUAACUAGCUGGAAAGAUAUAGAACAGGCCUUUCUUCGAAAAUUUUAUCCCUUAGGAAAAACUCAAAAUAUGAGAAAACAUAUAUGGAGUUUUUCUCAAAGACCAGGAGAAACUUUGCAUGAGACAUGGGAAAAAUUUAAAGAUUUACUUAGAAAGUGUCCUCAUCAUGCUAUACCCAAGUGGCAGCUCAAUAGAAUUUUUUAUGAUGGAUUAUUAGAACAACAUAGAAAUAUGGUUGAUUCUAUAUGUGGAAGAGCUUUUAUGGAGAAAACUCCUGAUGAGAUUUACAGUCUUUAUGAGAAUUUAAGUGAAAAUUCUAGAGAUCAAGCCUCUUUUGAAUUAUAUGACAGGGAUAAGAAGAGAGGAAUUUAUGAAUUACAUCAUGAUGAUGAUUCUAAACUUAGAAAUGAGGUUAAUCAGAUUAAUCAAAGAUUAGAAAAAAUUGAUUUACUUAUUGACAAUAUUAGAAAGCCUUUUAACCCUCAACUUAAUUCGAAUAGUACAUGUCCUAUGUAUGGUGAAAACGAUUAUUCUGAAUUUCAAUGUUAUAAUUUAGAUCAAUCAUUUCACCCUAUGCAAGAACAAGUGCAAGUAGCUCACAGUUUUAAUAGAAACAGGGAACCUUUUUCAAAUUCUUAUAAUCCUAAUUGGAGGAAUAGUUUUUCAUGGAGAGACCCAAAUAAUAUUCAAAAUCCAGAAGCACUUAGACCCAAUUCAAACUCUGAAUUUCAUCCAAAACAAGAAAACAGAUUUCAGAAAAAUCAGCCCUCUCAAAUCCAACCUGAUGCUAUGGAAAUGAUGCAGCAAAUGAGCCAAAUGAUGCAACAAACUAUGAACCAAAUGAUGCUGCACCAGAAACAAAUUAUAGAGGCUCUUGGGAAUAAGAGAGAAGAGGGACAGCUACCUAGUCAGCCCAUAGAAAAUCCAGGGAACCGCCCAACAAUAGGAUUUCAGCAAGGGGAGUCUAGUAGUAUGAAUCUAGGAAAAAACCCACGAAAUGAAAAUGUUAGGACAGUGAAUGCAUUAAGGAGUGGUAAGAUCUUAGCUGAUCCUUAUCCCCAAACAUUAGAAGAAAAAGAAAACGUGGACAACCCAAAACAAAAUCAAAUAGGAGUAGAAGAGGAUUUUAUAGAUUCUACAAGGAAAUUUCGAAAGAGAGGACAACCAUUCCAUUUCCUAAAGCUCUAGAGCCUAGACAAAGAAAGAAAAAGGAACACAAUGAAGAAAUAAAGAAAAUUUUACAAGAUGUGCAAAUUAGUCUUCCUUUACUUACUGCCAUUGAACAUAUUCCUGAAUAUGCUAGAGUUUUGAAAGAAAUGUGUACACCAAAAAGGGCACCUAGAGUAGAAAAAUUAUCUAUGCAUGCUAGUGCAUUAUUAUUAAAUCAAUUACCAUAUAAAUUGAGAGAUACAGGUGCCCCUUUGAUUUCGUGUGAUAUUGGUGGAUUCAUUUUUCAGAAUGCAUUACUUGACACCGGUGCUAGCAUUAAUUUAUUACCUGCAAGUAUUUGUGAUAAAUUUAAUAUUUCUGAUCUUAAACCUUCUACUGUUACCUUACAAUUUGCUGAUAGAUCCAUAAAACAUCCUAAAGGUAUUUUAGAAAAUGUGAUAGUGACAGUUAAAGGGUGUAAAUUUCUAGCUGAUUUCGUAGUACUAGAAAUAGAUUUUAAUGGACAGUUUUAUGAUACACCAAUCAUCUUAGGGAGACCAUUUUUGCAUACAGCAAAGAUGAAUAUUGAUUUUCCCACAGGUAUUGCGAAAAUUUCAUGUGGAGAUCAAUCAGUAGAAAUUAAAAUUUUUGAGAUAUCAAAUGAUAUUAAGAAAUCCCAAGUAUAUGAUUGUCAUACCAUAGAUCUUCUAGAUGAUUUUGAUGAUCCAGAUGUUAUUGAUGAUUGUGUGUUGAAAGAAUUAGAGGAAAUAGAGAAUAUAAAUUUAGAAGAAAAGAAAGAGGAAGAUCAUCUGAAUUUAGAGUUGAAACCUCUUCCCUCUAGUUUAAAAUAUAUGUUUUUGGAGGAAAAUAAUUCAUUUCCUGUUAUUAUUGCAGCUGAUUUGAGUGAUGAACAGGAAGAAGAAUUAUUAGAUGUACUUCGAAAAAAUAAGAAAGCUAUGGGCUGGAAAAUGGACGAUCUAAGGGGCAUUGAUAUGAGUGUAUGCAUGCAUAGUAUAUAUUUAGAGGAGGGGGCUAGAACUAGUAGGGAACCACAACGAAGAUUAAAUCCUAACAUGAUGGAAAUUGUAAAAAAGGAAAUUUUAAAGUGGCUGGCUGCUGAUAUUAUUUAUCCUAUUUCAGAUAGCAAAUGGGUUAGUCCUACACAAGUAGUGCCAAAAAAAUCAGGGAUUACGGUUAUAAAAAAUGAAAAUGGGGAUGAAAUACAAACAAGACUAACUACCGGUUGGAGAGUUUGCAUUGAUUAUAGAAAAUUAAAUUCAGUUACUAGAAAAGAUCAUUUUCCCCUACCAUUUACUGAUCAAAUUCUAGAAAAAUUAGUUGGAAAAAACUUUUUUUGUUUUCUGGAUGGAUACUCUGGUUAUAAUCAAAUUUAUAUAAACCCUUUAGAUCAAGAAAAAACAACUUUCACUUGUCCAUUUGGUACUUUUGCUUUUAAACGCAUGCCUUUUGGUCUGUGUAAUGCUCUAGCCACAUUUCAAAGAUGUAUGCUGUCUAUUUUUUCUGAUAUGAUUGGAAAAUGCAUGGAAAUUUUUAUAGACGAUUUUUCUGUUUUUGGCGAAUCAUUUGAUGAAUGCUUAAAUCAUUUACAGCAUGUACUUGAGAAAUGCAUAGAGAAAAAAUUAGUUUUGAGUUGGGAGAAAUCACAUUUUAUGGUUAAAGAGGGAGUUGUGUUGGGUCAUAUUGUGAGUAAAAGGGGUUUAGAGGUGGAUAGAGCAAAAAUUGAUAUUAUAUCUAAAAUGAAACCUCCAAAUUCAGUAAAACAGAUUAGAUCUUUCUUGGGUCAUGCAGGUUAUUACAGAAAAUUUAUUCAAGAUUUUUCGAAGAUUUCUAAACCUCUCACCAUGCUAUUAUCUAAAGAUAUGCCUUUUAAUUUUGAUGAGAAAUGUUUUGAAUCUUUUUCCGUAAUAAAAAGAUUACUUACUGAGGCACCCAUUUUACAAGCUCCUGAUUGGUCCCUUCCCUUUGAAAUAAUGUGUGAUGCAUCGAAUUAUGCAGUGGGGGCCGUUCUAGGACAAACAAAAGAGUCAAAACCCAUAGUAAUUUCAUAUGCUAGUAAAACUAUAUCCGAUGCUCAAUUAAAUUAUACCACGACUGAAAAAGAGUUGUUAGCUGUAGUAUUUUCGUUAGAAAGGUUUAGAUCAUAUAUUUUGGGAGCUAAAAUUAUUAUUUAUACUGAUCAUGCAGCAUUAAAAUAUCUGUUAAAUAAGAAAGAUGCAAAGCCAUGUUUAUUAAGAUGGAUUUUAUUAUUGCAGGAAUUUGACUUAGAAAUAAAAGAUAAAAAAGGUUUCGAGAAUGCUGUUGCUGACCAUCUUUCUAGAUUAAGUGACACAGGAAUAAAUGCAGCACCUUUACAAGACGCAUUUCCAGAUGAACAAUUGAUGGCAGCUCAACAUCAACCAUCACCAUGGUAUGCACAUAUUGUUAAUUUUCUGGUUUCUGGAAAAACUCCAGAACAGUGGGAUAAGAACAGAAAAAAUCAUUUCUUUUCUAAGAUUAGAAAUUAUUUUUGGCAUGAUCCUGAUUUAUAUUACUUGGGCAAUGAUCAAAUUUUAAGGAGAUGUGUUCCUGAAGAAGAAUACCAUAGCAUUAUUAACAUGUGCCAUUCAUCUAAUUGUGGAGGACACUUCUCUGGACGAAAAACAGCUGCAAAAAUUUUUCAGUGUGGUUUUUAUUGGCCUACAAUCAUUAGAGAUUCUAUAG